UCGAAAUUUCCUAUUGUAAAAACUGUACAACGCCUACCGGUACUCCCACACAAUGGUCAGAUGAGUUUAAGAUAUUACAUGUCUAAUGCCUGGAGGUUUAUGAAACAUUACAUAAAAUGCUGCCGCCAAUUGCAAAUGCACAAGCCAUUCGCAGUAAACCAAGUGGCAAUUCUCUGAGGUCGUAACUUCGGGGUGUAGGUUAUGUAUAUAACAACGAUAGUCAUCGAGAGCGUUAUCUGUAUGUUGAGAUUGUUUAAAAGCGCAGUGUAUACACAUGUACGUAAUUAUAUACACACUCUGGUCAAAGUUGCGGCCACAAAGUCAAACACGCAUGAAAGAAAUGAGAGAACAAAGGAGACAUAUCUGACCAAUCACAUUUCAGGGCGGGCUUUUCGAAUUCUGGGGCGGCCUGAAUUCCCGCUGCAAAAAGUUGUGCGUUUCCGUCUUUUCACACAAAAAGGAAAUGAGUGAAGUCUGCUGAAACACACGAAAUGAAACCUCGGUUUUAUGAACUCAAUUUAAAGUGCAUUAAGAAUAAAUAUAAACUGGAAUAAAUUUUGAUUCUAUAUUCAAAUCUUACUGGAAAUCCAAUCAUUUCUCGGAAAAGCAACCUGAGAACCAAUUAGAUCACAGCGCGGGACCUGCGGACCACACUGAUCUCUCCUAUAAAUAGGGUCAGAAACGGCUCCUCGCUACUCUCCAGUCUCCUUUUCUGUGUAAUUGUUAUGGCUCGCACGAAGCAGACGGCGCGCAAGUCGACGGGCGGCAAGGCCCCGCGCAAGCAGCUGGCCACCAAGGCGGCCCGCAAGAGCGCGCCGGCCACCGGCGGCGUCAAGAAGCCGCACCGCUACCGGCCCGGCACGGUGGCCCUGCGCGAGAUCCGCCGCUACCAGAAGUCCACCGAGCUGCUGAUCCGCAAGCUGCCGUUCCAGCGGCUGGUGCGCGAGAUCGCGCAGGACUUCAAGACCGACCUGCGCUUCCAGAGCUCGGCCGUGAUGGCGCUGCAGGAGGCGUGCGAGGCCUACCUGGUGGGGCUCUUCGAGGACACCAACCUGUGCGCCAUCCACGCCAAGCGCGUCACCAUCAUGCCCAAGGACAUCCAGCUGGCGCGCCGCAUCCGCGGGGAGCGGGCGUAAUUCCCCAAGGCUGUUCCCUCCGGACUUUGAAAAAGGCUCUUUUCAGAGCCCCCUACUUUGUCAAAAACUGUUGUAACACUUUCUUUCCGAUUGCUCCCUUGGUGAAAGUAAGUUUCUCUUUUUCAAGAAUACUCUGAAACUGUAUUAGAUGGAUCCGCCGGUUUUUAUAACAAAGAAUCGGCUUUGGAUUCAUAGUAAUUCUGUGUAAUGUGUAACAUUCCGUUACUUAGUCUUUCAAACUGCAGUUGUUUGAUGAGGGCACAGAAUGGCUUGUAGGUAUUAAAGAUCAAAAGGGA